AUGUUAUCGAUUAUUAAAAGAAUCCAAAUUGUGUCAUUAUAUCUAUUGUAUCUUUAUAAGAUGAGUUAUUCAACAGAUCUAUUGGAUGGAUUCGAUACACUCUACAAGAGAACAGAGGGUGUUCUCAAGUGUAAUCAGGAGAUGUCAAACUUCUUCAGAAAGUUGUCUACCCUCGAAUCCGACUACUCAAAAGCAUUGCUAAAGUUGGUUAAAUCAACUGGUCAAAAGAAAUUAAUUUCAAAUCCUUUCCUUGACGGAUCACUGAAAGAAUCAUGGAGAAUAACAUUAGGAGAGUUAGAGUCAAUCGGAAAUCAACACGCUACAUUUUCAAACUUGGACAAUGAUCUUGCAAAUAUUAUAGAAAAGAUGGUUAAAGAUAAAGAGAAUGUUAGAAAGAAGUUAACUGCCGAUGGUCAAAAGUUAACAAAAGAUAUGAAGACACAAUUGGACCUUUUGACAAAGGCUAAAAUGAAUUACCAUAAACUCUCAAAGGAGGCAGAGUUGGCGCAAACCACCUUAACAAAGGGACAGGCAGAUCCAAAGAUGAAGCAAGACAAGGUAUCUCAACUUAGCACAAAGGCAAGCCAAGCCUCUGAAAAAUCGAAUCAAGCCGACCAAGAAUAUAGAGAAUGUCUUAACGUAACCAAUGUUAAGCAGAAUGAGUACUACAUGAAUGAGAUGCCAAACUUAUUAAAGGAAUUCCAAACAUUUGAAGAAGAUCGUAUUAGUCAAACUAAAGACGCAAUGCAUAAGCUUUCUUUGUAUAUUAAGGAGAUUCCACCCGUUGUAUCACAUGCCGCCGACGUUGUUCAACAGGCCGCUGAACAAGUUGAUAAAGAUGCUGAUAUUAGACAAUGGGUUGCCGAGAAUAAGACAAAUGUAACUCCACCUGGACCAAUCGAUUAUUAUCCAUUCGAGGGUGAGGCACAAGCUUCAAACUCACCAUCAAACUUUAGAGUUGGAACAUACAAGCCACCAACCAGUCAAACUAAAGAUUGGGGAUUGACACCAAAGGACUCUGGAUUGACACCAGAUCAAAAGACUCAAAAGUUAGAAUCACAACUAUCAGAGAUUUCAAAUACAAUUAAACAAGAGAUUCAAGCACGUGCUGGUAUCGAAAAGUUGAUUCAAUUCUAUGCAAACGAUCCAAAGGAGCAGAAGAAGGCAGAGGGUGAGCUGAUGGAGGCCGACAAGAAGAUCAAUGCCCUCAAAGAGAACCAGAGAUUAAUUUCACAGCAAAUGGAGGAGCUUGGAAGAGCACCUGCCGGUGCUGGUGGCGACUUUAACGGAAGUGCAAGCGGUGGAAUUAGCCAGCCUUCCGCCAAGCUUGUACGUGUACGUGGACUUUACGAUUACGAGGCUAGUUGCGACACAGAGUUGAGCUUUAAGGAAGGUGAUAUUCUCUCAGUGACUGAACAGGAUUCGAGUGGAUGGUGGUUUGCUGAAUUGAACGGAUCCACUGGAUUCGUCCCACAAAAUUAUGUUGAACUUUACGAAGCCUAA